AUGGAGCAAUUAUACCAAACCAUUGAACAAUAUACACACAUUGCACCUGAAAACCAAAUAUUAAUCACGAGCUAUGGCAAUAUUGUUAAAACAGACAAUGUGCAACAAGUACUUCAAGCUACCGGAAAAGACGAAUAUCUUGUAUUUUGUUACAACAGAGAAUGGUUAUCUAAAAAACCUGCUCAAAUGUCGGAUUUGCUGGCCAAAGAGUUUCCCAAGUUACAGCCUGAAAUUGUUUCAUUUAAUGGAUUAGGUCAUCUAAAACAAAUAGGGCAGCAAUUAAACAAAAAAACAGUGGAUGAAAAUUGUGAAGCUUACGCCACAUUAUUCAAAAAUCUCUAUUCUUAUAGCGGAUCACUGAUGGAAGGCAUACAAACACAUGCAAAAAUAGCUUCGGACACUGUAGAAGAGCAGAAAAUGCAGACAAUGGCUCUUAACGUUGCCCUGGAGAACCUCAACUCUCAUAUUGGAUCGGGCACAAGAAAAGUACAAGCGUACUUGGAAGUUGCCAAAAAGGAACUGGCAAGGCAAAAUGGGUUGUUAAAGUCAUUAAACAACGAUAUCAACAUUCUACGCCACACAUCCAUUCAUAAAGCAAUCCUUGAUAAAUUGGACAAUGGUGACGAGAGAUUGAAAUUACUGGAUUUUGUUGAUUUAGAUCGUAUUGGUUCCAUACAUACCGAAUCUAAACAACUCUACAACAAUUUAAAGAAAAAAUCCCAUGAAUUAGCAAAAGUCACACGAGAAUUAGCUAAUCAUCAAAAAGAUUUGUUGGACCAUGUGGGAAAAAGCAGCAAUCUGCAAUCGCUUGAUGCAACUCUAUCCGACGUUAAAUCUAUUGCCAAAACUGCACAAGAAUGUAGUGAUGAUAUCAGUAAAAGUAUACCAAAGGUUGAAGACACCAUCAAUAAGUUGACGAGCGAUUCAGUUUCUAUUGCAUUUAGCAAUAUGUCAUUAAAUACACGUCGUAAUUCCGCUUCCUCGUCUCCCGUGUCAUUCUCAAUGGCCAAAAAGAAAUUUGACUCUCUCAACCAUUUGGCGAUCUAUCAAUUUGAUGAUCCUAUUUACAAAUUAGUCAAAUAUGAUACUAUCAUGCGCCAAAAUGUUUCUAAUCUCAUCAAGUCUAAAUACUCAUCUAUCUCAGAAUUUUUUUUAAAUAUGAGUAUUGUAUCUGGUAUACAGGACUGUAUUGUUGAGAUGGAACAUGAUACUGCAGAAGAAUUAGACCGUUUAAAUCUUUUCAAGAAGAAGUACGGUAAAAAUGACCUGGAAAGUGUCAGACAGGUCGCAUUUGCGUAUGGAGCUUUGUUGAUUGAAUUGGUCCGAAGGAGAGAGUACAAAAACAUUAUCGUUAAAAACUCAAACUUACUAGCGGACCUUCUCUCUGAUUACCGCAGUGUUGAGGAAAAGAGACGAGAGCAGUUUAAACGCAUCGUAUCAAAGUCACUUCCGUUCAGAUUUGCCGAUCUUGACAAACCUUCACCGCAAAGUGAAGUCAAUUUAAAUCUAGUAAAAGAUCACAACGAAACUACGCUCGAAAAAGGUGAUAUCACCGAAUUUAUUUCACUACUCAAUACAGUAUAUGUACAGCCCGUGAGUGUAUCUCCUAGUAAAAAGCCAUCCUUUGCAACUGUUACAAGCCCAAAAAGAUCGAUUCAUUCCAAUAGAAUUGAAGAAAAUCCUAUUCUGGUAUUUUUAAAUGCCAUGUUUACCCAAAUGAAUGACCUGAAGUCUGAUUUUUUAAAGACGCUUGAAUCCAAUUGUAAGUUUUUAAUUUUUAUUAUAUAUUGUAUAGUUUCCCUGAUUGCAUACUACUAUUUAGUUUUCACGCUUCAAAAAAUUGAUGCCGCAGUUAUGCAGCAGCUAAUAGAAGCCGAUGACCACCAAGAUAAAGAUUAUGAUUCUCCCUCAAAACCCACAAGUGCGUCCAGCUCAUCAAAUUCAUCCACGUUUUCUGUUGUAGAGGAUGAUAAAGCCAAAUUCCUAAAGCAGGACCAAGAAAUUGAAGAACUCAAACAAGCAUUGGCAAAGGUAUAA